GCACGGCCCUGGGCGCCGUUCCCGCACUCUUCACCUUCGGCCUGUCGCUCCCCGUCGGCGCCGCGCUCGGCGUCCUCCUCGGCGCCGCCGGCGGGGCCGCGGUCGGCGGCGGCGCUGGCUGCGCGGCUGGCGCCGCCAGCGGCGCCCUCGUGGGCCAUUUCCGCAGCGGCAUCAG